UGGGUCCAUCCAUUGCUCUGUGCCCCGCCCAACCCAGCAGCACUGCUCCUGCCUCCAAUGCCUGCCGAGGACCCCACCGAGACCGCCAUCCCCGGCAGCCCGCUCUCCAACACUGAAUAUGAGAAGUUCUUCGACCUGUUCAAGCCCCGCUGGAAGGCGGAGACCAUGUGCCGUCUCCGAGCCACCCUCGGCUGCCGGAACCCCACCAUCAUCCAGCUGGACCAAUAUGAAAACCACGGCCUGGUCCCCGACGGAGCCGUCUGCUCUGACCUGCCCUACGCCUCCUGGUUCGAGUCCUUCUGCCAGUUCUGUCAGUAUCGCUGCUCCAACCGCCAGUACUAUGCCAAGAGAGUCCGCUGCACCCAGUCGGCCUCUUUUCUCUCAACAAACACCCUCAGGGAGUACGAAACUGCGGAAGCCGGCAGCACCACUGUGAUCCCUGGGUCCUCCCGCGCCAAAGGGGCCGGGGAGCGCCAGGCCUUCCCGCCCUGGCCCGAGCGGCUGCACAACAACAUCGAGGAGCUGCUGCAGUCCUCCCUGUCGCUGGGGGGCCAGGACCUGGCGCACGAGCACCGGCUCAAGGACCAGGCCCAGAAGCACAAGCAGGACGAGGUGCUGGCGCAGGACGAGCAGGAGGAGGACCAGGAGGAGGAGGAGGAAGAAUACGAAGAGGAGGAAGCCCAGGAGACGUCGGGGGCCGCGUCCCUGGCGGGGCUCCAGCGCGAGGCGGCGGAGGGCGGGCCCCGGCUCCUGCCCCGGCUCCGGCGCAAGUUUUUCCCUUCCAGCCUUUUCACCUUCACGCCCCGGGUGCGCGAGGUGGACUCGUACCCGCUGAUGAUGGAGAACAUGCAGGAGCUCCUGCGGUCGGCGCAGGGCGCGGACGGAGCGAGUGAGACGUAUGACGGGGACCCCACGUGGAAAAACCAGACCCCUGGAAGCCUCCUGCAGCUCGCCCACGUGGACUCCCUGCUGAUCCUGUGCUACUCCAUCAUGGAGAACACCUGCAUCAUCACCCCCACGGCCCGCGCCUGGCAGCACCUGGAAGACGAGAGCCUUGGUUUCGGGAAGCUGGUCUGCGACAACCUGGGUCGGCGCCACAUGGCCUCCUGCGACCUGUGCGCCUUCUGCUCCCUGAAGCUGGAGCAGUGCCUCUCGGAGGCCAACCUGCAGCGGCAGCGCUGCGACAGGUCCCACAAGACGCCCUUCAUCAGCCCCCUGCUGACGUCCCAGAGCAUGUCCACGGGCACCCACGUCGGCAGCCCCGCGGAAGGCCGCUUCUACGGGCUGGACAUGUACGGCGGCCUCCGCAUGGACUUCUGGUGCGCCCGGCUGGCCACCAAGGGCUGCGAGGACACCCGCGUGUCCGGCUGGCUCAAGACCGAGUUUCUGAGCUUCCAGGACGGGGAUUUCCCCACCAAGAUCUGUGACACGGACUACGUACAGUACCCAAACUUCUGCACCUUCAAAAGCCAGCAGUGCCUGAUGCGAAGCCGGGACCGGAAGGUGUCCCGCAUGCGGUGUCUGCAGAACGAGACGUACAGCGUCCUGCCGCAGGACAAGAGCGAGGAGAUCGUGCUUCGGUGGAGCCAGGAGUUCAGCACCCUGGCGCUGGGGCAAGCCGGGUGAGCGGGGGUCCGGCCCGGCCGGCGCCCUGCAAGCCGCAUCGCUCCACGUUCUCUCUCCAUCGCUCUAGACCCCCCAUCUAGACUCGGCUUCCGGGCGGCCCCUCGUGGGGGUGUGUGUGGGGGGGGCACUGGCCUGGCCCCUUACGUUCUCUUGAGCAGGGAGCACCAAAACCCCUCCCUCCAGAUGCA